ACUCCCAGACGGCGGUACGAAUCGGUUCACUAGUUCACCUUCUUCUCUCCACGAAUCAAAACGAAUCAUUUUCCAGGAGGUUUCCACUGCUCUAGAACUGCAUACCUAGAAUAAAUAAAUAAAUAAAUAUAAAGCCAUUUGGCUGGUAACUGAAUGUUCACACAGCCUACUUCCUGUUAGGCUUCCAUGGUACAAUCAAUCACGGGGAGUUGUGUUCGUUGUUGUGUUCAAAUUAUGCCAAUGUCACGGUUUUGAUAAAAUUUCGCAACGAACUGUUUCGUGAACGAAAAAGUGGGGACCCGUUUAGUGAUUUAAGUGAUCUUCACCCAUUGUUAUCACGAUAAGGAAUUUGAAGUGCUACCGAAAUUCACCUUUUUAGAAGACCAUAAAUCGACUAUACGGGAUUAUGCUACCUCGCAGAAACAAACCUACCAAAUUGCCUCCAAAGUCAUCCAAGGCGAAGCGGAAAUCCUCAGACGAAGAUGAAUCGACCGAGGAAACUCCUUCAGCAUCUACUGCAUCCUCGUCAGCCUCUGAGUCCGGAUCACCCGAUGGAUCGGAUUGCAGUUCCGGUUCGGACUCCGAGAUGGACACCACGGAGACCUCGUUCUCGUCCAAAAGUGCCGUCGAAUGUGUUGGAAGCAGCAAGCAGCAAGGAUUACUCAAAGUUAACCAUCGCUCUUACGCGGUGUUCUGUGAUUCAAACAAAAACUGCAAGGGAUUCUGCAAAGGAUUAUGCAGCAGCCACUCACCGGGGGCCGAUCCGAGUGAAGAAGUGAGAAAGGAGCCCAAUUGUAAUAGAAAAACACGCGCCAAAACCGAGAAUGGUGUGCGUAGAAGCAAGAAGUCUAGGAGAAUACCACCAAUCAGUAUUUGCAUUUUAAACUCUCGGUACGAUAUAAUACCUCGGAUAUGUCGCCGUUUGGGUUACAAGCUGGUGGGAGAGUCGGAACUAUGGAACGUUUGCUGGACGGAUUCGCUGGUGGGAGUGGACUUUUGUCGGGACAUGCGACGCUUCCAGAAAGUGAACCACUUCCCAGGGAUGUUCGAAAUCUGCCGCAAAGAUCUGUUGGCUAGGAACCUGAACCGGAUGUUGAAACUAUUCCCGACCGAGUACGCGAUCUUCCCGAAGACAUGGAUUUUCCCGGCCGACUUGGGAGAAGCGAUCGCGUACAGUCGGUUGCACCGCAGCAAAACGUACAUCCUUAAACCGGACCAAGGAUCGCAGGGCCGAGGAAUAUUCAUCACAAAGAAUUUGAAGGACGUGAAUCCUAGGGAUCGACUGAUCUGUCAAGUUUAUAUUCAUAGGCCCCUGCUAAUAGACGGAUAUAAAUUCGAUUUGAGAGUAUACACGCUGGUGACUUCAACGGAUCCACUCCGAGUUUUCGUUUACAAGGAGGGGUUUGCCAGAUUUGCAACGAACAAGUACCGUGAGCCCUGUAUCACGAAUACCUCGAAUAACUUUAUGCACCUUACCAACUACUCGGUGAACAAGUAUAGCCGAUGUUUCGUCAAUGAUGAGGAAGUCGGUAGCAAAAGAAAAUUCGCCACGUUAAAUAGGAUUUUAACAUCGGAAGGUUACGACAUAGCAGAACUAUGGAACAACAUUGAUGAUGUUAUUGUCAAGACCAUUCUUAGUUCCUGGCAGGUUUUGAGACACACGUAUCAGGCGAGCUUCCCAACGCAUGAUAUCAUACAGGCGUGUUUCGAAAUCUUAGGCUUCGACAUCAUCAUAGACUACAAACUUAAGCCAUACAUUCUGGAGGUGAAUCAUUCGCCAUCGUUCCACACAGACGAAUCGAUCGACAAAGAAAUCAAAGAAGCAUUACUCACCGACACCUUCAUUAUGCUGAACCUGACUGGAGAGGUAAAGAAGCGCGUUCUCGAAGAGGACAAACAGCGUAUUCAAAGUAGACUGCUACAAAGACUGCGUGACUAUUCUAAGAGCAAAGAAACGGGCAAAGAAAAUAGUAAUGAAAGCAAAAAUGCCGAGGAAGAGGACGAAACUCCUCCAGAGGAUUUCACUGGGCCUUGGGCGGAACAAAUCAAUUGGGAGGAAACCCACCUUGGCGGAUUCCGACGGAUACUUCCCGUACCCGGAGAUCCGGAGCGAUACUCGCAUUUAUUCCUGGCACAAACACAAGCUUCGGUUUACAGCGAAACGGCUGCCAGUAAGAAGCGGGAGGAAUGUGCCAAACAGCAACGGAUCGAGCUGGAGGAACGUCACAAACUCAAUCAAGCAAUGCUACACAAAAAUAAUAAAGGAAAGAACAUGUGUUUUGGUGAAGAUUCUUCACCGGGUACAGCCAAACAGAAGAAGAAAAAGAUCAAAAUCGUCAAGAAAAGGGAUCACUACAGUCCAGACUUCAUAGUAGACUACGAGGAACGAGAACGGGUAGCGUUGCUGACUCAACGGGAUUUUCUCAUACGAACAUGUGGAUUGAUUCAAAAUAUCUAUCUGAAUUUCAACCGCCACAAGCUGCUCACCAUGUCCGAUAUGCGAAAGUAUCAGGACGUGUUUGCUAAACUGGUGGCGGCCGAUUCGAUGCAAGACUCAAACAAUCAGAGCUCCAACCAAUCAAGCACUGGUACCAGUCUUCCGGUGCUGUCCAACAACCAACAGCAACACUACGGGAACAACGCAACCUCACUUUCGACGAACUCCGGCAGCACCGGCUCCAACAGUACCAAUCAGAAGCUACAAAUCAAAAGCUUGGUGGCGAUCAACGACGGCAGCUCGUGGAUGCAGUGUACCGAAAUUUUGCCACCAAGCAGACCUCCACUGCCGUAUCUGCUGGCUGCACAGCCGACCAGCUACCGCAGCACCAAAUCUACGAUGGCUCGGCAGGUGACCAACGUAGUGAAGCGACACAACAUGGAUUCGCGGCAGCUUUACUCGGCCUCCGACAAGGUUAUCUAGUAUUGAGAGUGGGCGGCACUCUGUCCGCUGCACUCCAGAUGAUAAGAUGCGUGUGCCGCCGUCCGCGGCGAUGAUUUGGGAACGUUCCACCUGCUAGCUUGCAGAUGAUUAAUAGCCAGAAAUUUAAUACGAAAAUUCCAGAGAUGUUUAAUCAAUACCAUGUUCAA